GCAGACAAAAGGUGACAGAAGAUAAGCAUCAUGGCAUCAGCAAGCCUGCAGUUCUUUGCUUUUAUUCUGGCUUUGUUUGGCGGUUUUGGAGAUAUCGCAGCCACCUUGCUCCCAAACUGGAAGGUAAAUGCAGACGUUGGCUCCAAUAUCAUAACAGCUAUAACACAGAUGCAAGGACUUUGGAUGGACUGCACAUGGUACAGCACUGGGAUGUUCAGCUGUACCCUGAAAUACUCCAUUCUUUCUCUCCCCAUCUACAUCCAGGCUGCACGGACCACCAUGGUACUGUCGUGUAUCCUAUCAGCCUUUGGGAUCUGCAUCACUACAGUCGGAAUGAAAUGCACAAGGCUGGGAGGGGACACGGACAGCAAAAAUAACGCUUGUUUUGCUGGAGGAAUCUGCUUCAUUCUCGCAGGAAUCUUUGGAUUAGUACCAACGUGCUGGUACACGAGAGAAAUUAUUUCAAAUUUCCUGGACCAGACCAUUCCAGAGAGUAGUAAACAUGAGCCGGGAGCAGCAGUUUAUACUGGAUUCAUCUCAGCAGGGUUUCUGCUUAUCGCAGGUGUGAUCUUCUGCUCUUCCUGUUUUAAAAGGCAGCAAGGAGCAUGGAUUUAUCCUCCAAAGCAGCACCAUUUUCCAUCCACAGAGCAGGAGAGCAAUGCAGGUUACAGCCUGAAGGACUAUGUAUAA